UGGGCAAUGGCCUCAGAGGUUUAAUGAACUCAUCGAGAGAGUGUGUGCGGACGGGAGGGAAAAGUCCAGCCCAGUUUCUUCGUAAGCGUCGAUAAAAACGCCGGAAGUCGUCCCCCUCUGAGCAAUGUGCUCGAUAUGACCAAAUCUAUUGUAUACCCGUCGAGCAUUGGCAGAGCUUUUACUGUGGGGCUGUGGAUCGACGAGAUCCAUAACUCGUUAAUAUCGCAACUGUCACGAUAAGAGCUGGCGUAACUUGCGCAGUCGUGCAGCGCAGCCGGAUUUCAUUCAGGAUCAACAAUUAACCGGGAGUCAAUUCACAUGUCAAUUAUAUGUUACUAUGGAGUGUGGCACUACGCCAAUAUUGGUGGAUGAUGACGAUGAAUUGGGUAACGGAUCUCACAACAGAAUGCCAUGUCCAAUGUUAGGCACCAUUCCAAGUUUCGGAUUUUACUUAAAUCGCCAAUUCGCCCCGGGUCCCACAAUUGGCCAAAUCGGACUUUAAUUGGCCGCACCCGUCUCGAGAAGUGUUUUGCCCCCCCGGGGGGAGGGAUAUUGAGUUGGUGGAGUUCCAUUAACUUCGGCGUAACCGUACACACCGCCGUUUUGGUCCCGGGACUCGGGCAUCAAACAAGGCCCUAAGACCAAAUCCUACCUUUAACCAAAAGGGAAUUCCGAAUCUACUUGGCUCCUGACGAAAUCGCCACAGUGUCUACACCUUAGUUCGCCAGAAGAGUGGUGUUCGGGUCUGCUGACGCUCACCUACCCCUAUCUUUUAUCCCCAGCAUUCUUCAUUAGAUAGGGAUCAUGUGUUGGUCGUUCUCCCAGGCGGACUGAAGGGACCGAAAAC